AUGGUUCCUGUUAUCGUCACCCUGUCAAGCGCAAAAAUAAAUAACAAAAUAGAGGAUUACGGACAAAGUGGAUUCGAGGACGAAUGGGGAGGGACGCUAAAAUCACCUCCCUCUUCCCGUAUCCCCAAGACACCUCUCUAUUCCCGUAUCCUCCAGACACCUUCCUCUUCCUGUCUUCUCAAGACACCUCCCUCUUCUCAUUUCCUCAAGACACCUCCCUCUUCCCGUAUCCUCAAGACACCUCCCCCUUCUCGUCUCCUCAAUACACUUUCCUCUUCCCGUAUCCUCAAGACACUUCACUCUUCCCGUAUCCUCAAGACACUUCACUCUUCCCGUAUCAUCAAGACACUUCACUCUUCCCGUAUCCUCAAGACACCUCCCUCUUCUCGUCUCCUCAAGACACAUCCCUCUUCCCGUAUCCUCAAGACACUUCACUCUUCCCGUAUCCUCAAGACACUUCACUCUUCCUGUCUCCUCAAGACACUUCCCUCUUCCUGUCUCCUCAAGACACCUCCCUCUUCCCGUAUCCUCAAGACACCUCCCCCUUCUCGUCUCCUCAAGACACUUCCCUCUUCCUGUAUCCUCAAGACACCUUCCUCUUCUCGUCUCCUCAAGACACCUCUCUCUUCCUGUAUCCUCAAGACACCUUCCUCUUCUCGUCUCCUCAAGACGCCUCCCUCUUCAUGUCUCCUAAGACACCUCCCUUUUCCUACACCGCCCUCUUCCCAUCUCCUCAAGACACCUCCUUCUUCCCGUAUCCUCAAGACACCUCCCUCUUCUUGUCUCCUCAAGACACCUCCCACUCCCUGUAUCCUCAACACACCUCCCUCUUCCCGUCUCCUCAAGACACCUCCCUCUUCCCGUAUCCUCAAGACACCUCCCUCUUCCCGUAUCCUCAAGAUACCUCCCUCUUCACGUAUCCUCAAGUCAUUCUCUCUCUUCCCUCCUCCUCAAGACACCUCCCUCUUCCCGUAUCCUCAAGACAUUUCAUUUUUCCUGUCUCCUCAAGACACCUCCCUCUUCCUGUCUCCUCAAGACACAUCCCUCUUCCCAUCUUUUCAAGACACCUCCCUCUUCCCUUCUCCUCAUGACCCCCCUCUUCCUAUCUCCUUAAGACACAUUCAUCUUCCCUCCUCAAGACAUUCUUCCUCUUCCCUCCUCUUCAAGACACCUCCCUCUUCCCUUCUCCUCAUGACAUUCCCCCUCUUCCCUCCUCUUCAAGACACCUCCCUCUUCCCUUCUCCUCAUGACCCCCCUCUUCCCAUCUCCUUAAGACAACUCCCUCUUCCCUCCUCAAGACAUUCUUCCUCUUCCCUCCUCUUCAAGACACCUCCCUCUUCCCUUCUCCUCAUGACAUUCCCCCUCUUCCCUCCUCUUCAAGACACCUCCCUCUUCCCUUCUCCUCAUGACCCCCCUCUUCCCAUCUCCUCAUGA